CAGAGCAGCAUUAGCUUACAAGUUUCCUUUGGCUGCUCUUCAAACAUUCUCCUGAAGGGAGACAGGAGAAGAAGACAGGAAAACAGGAAAUAAGAAAUAAAGUGCAGGGUUGAGAGAGAGAGAGAGAGAGAGAGAGAGAGAGAGCGGAGUAAGCCAGGAAAAGGGCGAAAGGAAUUAAAGUGGGACUGAAGGACAUGAAAAUUGCAGAAGAAAGUCUUACAGGGCAAAACUCAGCUGUCACCUGGAGAAGGUGGAUAACUGAUGGAUCAUUCUGUGCUUCAAACAAUACUCCUCUACACGGCUUUGUGCUUCAGUAUAUACCAAGGUCAAGAAACCCAGGAAUUUCUACCUACAUUCCUCAAAGUUUCCAGGAAUUUGCCUCUGCAGCGUUUGUUGGUGGAAUGGGAUGUUAGUGACUUAGCCCACCAGUUUGAACUAGAAAUGGUUUUUGACAUUCAAGUUAGUCGAUCUGAAGAAAUGAAUGUUGUCUGGACAGAGUAUUAUAACACAACUCUCAGUAAAUUGAAUAAAACUCUGCACUGGAGUUGGGAUUCAGAAUUACCUUUGGAAUGCAUGUCCCACUCUGUAAGAAUCAGGAGCAUGGUGAAUGAUGAAAGAUUCUCUAAACUCUGGAGUCGCUGGAGUCAGUGGGAGACUGUGCUGGGCCUAGAUACUUCAGAUGACUACACACCAUACAUCUUCCCAGAAGAUAAAGUUGUAGAGGAAGGCUCAAAUGUCACUUUUUGCUGCAUUGGAGGCAAAGAUAGCCGAAUUUUAAAUUUUUUGUUUAAUUACACUGAUUAUUAUUACCCAGACUCAAACACAAGCCAGCGAAACAUGGUGAUUACUAUGAAUAAGGUGUUGCAUGCAGAAAUGCCUGGCAUUCCUGCCUUUUGUAACCUCUCUGGUAAAGGAAACAAAAAUUACAGUGCAACACUUCUCUUUGUGGGCAGUAAGUCUUCCCAAAAAACAUUGUGCUACCAAGAAACAGAACCUGAUCUAGAACCCAUCCGUUGUUCUUGGGCGAUAGGCCAGCAGAUGAUAUACAACCUAACUCUGACUGCCCAAAACCCUCUAGGGGAGAGAAGUGCUAAUUUUGUCCUUGAUGUAGCUCUUAGAGUUCAUCCAUUUCCCCCCUCUGACCUUUCUGUAGAAGAUAUGAAAGCCACAGAAGUCAAUUUAUACUGGAGUAUGCAACCCAAGCACAAAGCAAUUAAGCUACUAUGUCAAAUUGAAAAUCGCCACCCAAGUGGGGAAGUGGAACUGCACAAUAGUUCAGUUGUUCAGUCAAAUUCAUAUCCACACCUCACCCUAGGUGGCUUGCAGCCUUUCACCAAUUAUGCCUUUAGAAUGCGCUGUGGUGCAGCUAGCCACUUCUGGAAAUGGAGUGAAUGGAGCAAAACCAUAAGAGUCAGAACAAAUGAAGCAGCUCCCUCAGGGAAACUUGAUGUCUGGAGAGAAGUAACCCCAGUUUUGGGAGGACGGAAUGUGACCUUAUUCUGGAAGCCAUUUCCAGACUAUAGAGCUAAUAGUGGAAGUAUUUCAUUUGAGAUAACCUGGGAAAAGUUAGAGAAAGCCUCUGAGCCUGAACACAUCUCCAUUUCUGCAUUACAAAACAGUACUACAAUUUCCAUCGAUAACCAUUCCUACAAAAUCAGCGUGGCAGCAAGAAACAAUAUUGCUUCUUCACUUCCUUCAGUGAUAAUCAUCUCCCGGGUGACAGAUAAUGGUGCUGAAGAAAAGGUUGAUCACACUGACCUUGAAGAAGAAAGAGUUAAUGGCACAGUUGAUGGCAUUUAUAUUCCUUGGAAGGCCACAAAUGCAUUUAAUGGAUACAUUGUCGAUUGGUGCAACUUUCCGAGGUCCCAACAUUGUGACUUUCAGUGGAAGAGAUUCGAUUUCAACACCUCCAGUUGUCUCAUCAACUCAGCUGCUUUCAUGCCUGGAGUGAGAUACAGCUUCAGGGUUUAUGGAUCUCUAGCUAAUGAAGAUUUUUUCCUGGGGAAGAAGGUUGGGUACACUAAAGAACUGGCUCCUAGACUCAACCCUCAAGGGGAAAUAACGGAGAUGACUUCCCAUACUGUAACCAUAACUUGGGAUUCUUAUCCCAUGAAUGAGUCACAGCCUGGAUUCAUAAGAGGAUAUCAUGUUUAUGUGAAAACCAUGGAAGAAGAAUGCAGUUUGAAGGGAUCCACAAAACACGCUCUUUCGGAUGGUACAGUCCUAUGUAAAUACACUAUAGAAAACCCAGAAGAAAAGAGAUAUGUGGUGAAACACCUGAUGCCAGAAACAACAUAUGCACUAGCAGUUACAGCUUACACUGGCGGAGGAGAGACCCCCAUCGAUGCCUAUAUACGUGUAGAUACACUACAUGACUCAAAGAUUUACCUUCUUGUUCUGCUAGUGAUGAUUCAUUUUGUACUACUAAGUGCUGUGUGCUUCUGGAAAAUCAAGUGGAUGAAGGAUUGCUGUUGUCCCGAAAUUCCUAAUCCUAACAAAAGCAAAGCCCUCUCAUGCAAUGGAUUAAAGCUUAAUUCUGAAGCAGUAAUGAAGCUAAGUGACUGCAUUCCUGAUACUAUAGUAUUGGAGAAUACAUCAGAAGCCAAUACACUACAGCUGUGGAGCCAUGGGACUAUUUUAGGAAGUGAAAGCAAAGUUAUCAAUCCUUCCUGGGUGUAUUUUGUUCAAAAUGAAGAGGGAGAUUUGAUGUGCACACAGUCAGCUCCAGAAGCUUGCACUUCAUUUGAAAACUUAGCCUAUUCUUCCCAGACUGCACUUGGUUCUAGCCUCUAUCAGAACCUCUGGAUGUCAGAAAAGAGUGAGCCACAGUUGCCUAUAUUGUCGUACCAGCCACAGCAUUACAUUGAAAUUCCGAGUAAAGACACUGUCACAUCAUUAAGAGAAAUCACUGAGAGAGAAGAUAGUUUAAGAUAUAUUUCACAAAUGGAAGUACCUCAUUCUGAGGUUAAGUUAAGUAAUUUGCCCCAUUCCACUGAGCCGCUGGAACAUUCAAGUUACAAAAUACAAACAGUCUUGGGUUCAGAGCUGGUCACAUCUACAUCUGAUGAAGACAUUCACAGUCAGGACAGUUCUACUUCUAGCAGCUCAACAGUGUUAUUGCUUCUAGGCCGGCAUUAAAAACUGACCUGCAUAUUUAAACAAUCUGUAUGCUGUAGUUCAAUCAGAAAUUAGGGGCAUUAAGCAGGAAUUACAGGGUGAGAUGGUAUGGCCUGUCGUAUGUACACAAUCAGACCACAACUGUCUCUUCUCACUCUAAAAAUCUAUGAAUGCGUGAUAUAAGAUGCACCAUGAUUUGUGCAGGGUAAUUAAAUUACCACAGAGAACAUUUUCAUUCUCUGAUCACAGUCAAGGGACACCCUUCGCAUGUAUUAUCCCGCACGGACAUAUUGCAUUGCUGACACUAAUAUAGAAGGCAUGUAUUGUGAACCUCAGCAUGGAACAUUACUCCUAGCUUUGAACUCCCUGGCUUUGGUUGGUUGGGAUCAGAAUGUUAGUUGACUGUGUUUUGUAUUUAAUUUUCCACAUAAUAAAAAAAUUGCCAUGAAA